AUGGAGGAUAUUCUCAACUUUGAACUUGGCUGUUUCCACAAAAUUGGAAGUUUACACGGGCUACUUUUGGACAAUGUUGUUCUCCAUUCCACUCUUGCCAAGCAACUCUGUGCAGCAUUGUCACAGACUGACAUUGCUGAGCUUUUUCUGAGGAACACCCACCUGAAAAUACAAAACUCUACUUUUGCUGAAUUAAACAAAACAAACUUGACAACUCUAGAUCUGUCAAACAACAAGUUGACUACAGUGCAAACUAAUUCAUUUCAGUGGCUGCACAGAUUGGAAUAUCUUCAACUUGAAAACAACAGCAUUCAACAUGUCACCCCAAAAACAUUUGCUGGACUGGAAAAUUUGAGGUAUUUGAACUUGAAGAAAGGCCUCAGCCAAGUAGAAUCUCUCAUUGAUGAUUACUCAUUUCAGGAGUUGGGAAAUCUAGUGGUACUCAAUCUAGAAGACAAUAAUAUUGCAAGUAUAAGGGCACAUACUUUCUCAGGCUUGAGAAGUCUGAAAUAUCUUAGCCUGUAUAAGUCAUCUAUCGUUGAUCUAAAAACUAUCAGUAACAAAACUUUCAUGUCACUUGCAGAGUCUCCCCUUGUCAAUUUAAAUCUUACAAAAACAAAAAUUUCAAAACUGCAGCCCGGAGCUUUUUCCUGGUUCAAGAAGCUGAAAAAGCUGGAUAUAGGUCUCAACUCCAUCUCUCAGAUGCUAACAGGAGAGGAGUUUCGAGGUCUAAGUGAAAUAGAGGUGAUAUACAUGUCAUAUAACAUGAAGUUGAUUUUGUCUUCAUCUUCCUUUAUGCAUGUCCCUUCUCUGAAAAUCUUGAUGCUCAGCAAAUCAGCAAUUGCCUCGUUGAACAUUCAACCUUCACCAUUUGAUUGCAUUAAGAAUCUCACUGUCCUUGACCUCAGCAACAAUAAUUUAGCCAAUUUGGAUAAGGAUGUUUUCCGUGAGCUUCGGCAGCUUCAAGUUUUAAAGUUACAACACAAUAACUUGGCACGGCUCUGGAAGAGUGUCAAUCCUGGAGGUCCAGUUCUUUACCUAAGUGGUUUGAAAGAGCUUCAGAUUCUGGAUUUGCAAUCCAAUGGGCUAGAUGAGCUCCCAGAGAAAGCUUUUCAAGGAUUGUAUAAACUAAGUAAUUUGGAUUUAAGCAUGAACAAUUUAAACUUUCUUCCAGAUGUUGUAUUUAAUGACUUGAAAUCUCUCAAAUCGCUUCAUAUACAGAAAAAUCUGAUUACAUCUGUUGAAAAAGAUGUUUUUAGCCAGUUAUUUAGUAACCUAACAGCUCUCUAUAUGGGAUUUAAUCCUUUUGAUUGUACUUGUGAAAGUAUUUUCUGGUUUGUUACCUGGCUGAAUAAGACCAAUAGCAGCAUCCCUGGCUUGAACACUCAAUACAUCUGCAACACUCCACCAAGUUACCACAACCAUUCUGUUGUAGCUUUUGACAUAUCUCCCUGCAAAGAUGUUGCUCCUUUUAAAGAUGCAUUUAUCAUUAGUAGCAGCAGUAUACUUCUUUUCAUUGUUGCUGUGUUUCUGAUUCACUUUUGCGGAUGGUGGCUAGAAUUCUAUUGGAACAUUUCUGUCAACCGAAUAUUUGGGUUUAAGGAAAUAGACCAUCAGGAAGCUCAGUUUCAGUAUGAUGCUUAUAUCAUUCAUGCCAAAAAUGACAUUAACUGGGUCAACAAAUAUUUGUUGCCUUUGGAGCAACAGGAUCAAAAAACUAUGUUCCAGUUUUGCUUGGAAGAAAGGGACUCUGAAGUUGGAAUUUCUGAGCUGGAAUCCAUUGUGAACAGUAUAAGCCAGAGCAGAAAAAUCAUCUUUGUUAUGACUCAAGAGCUUUUAAAGGAUCCCUGGUGCAGAAGAUUCAAGGUACAUCAGGCAAUGCAGCAAGUCAUUCAGCAAAGCCGAGAUUCCAUCAUUUUGAUACUUUUACAGGAUAUCCCUGAUUAUAAAUUACACCAAAUGCUCUGCCUCCGAAGGGGAAUGUUCAAAUCGCACUGUAUUCUAACCUGGCCUGCUCAGAGUAAGCGAAUUCCUGCCUUUCACCAGAAACUUAAGGUCGCACUUGGUUCAACUAAUCGAGUCCAAUAGGCUUACAUCUACUCACUGUCUGCACUUAGUACUCCUCAGUCUAAUACAAGGUUAAAAUAUAAAAAGGGAAAUUUUGAGACAAAAAUCAGCAACAAAUUCUGAACAGAAUUAUGAAGUGCUCUCCUUUUGUGCUCUACCCAUACCUCGUGUCACUCCUUCACAUUUUCCCUGAAAUCCUGCAAAUCUUUUCUCUUCAGAUAAUGAUCUUGUUCUCCUUUGAAAGCCACAAUUGAACAACAGCCUAACUCUCCGUAGCGUAGAAACAUUUUCCCUCGUGUUACUGUUGUCUCUUUUGCCAGUCACCUUAAAUCGGUGCCUUCUAAUUGUUGGUCCUUUUAGCACUGGAAACAGUUUCUUCUGACCUGCGUUGUCUAAAUCCCUCUCGUGACCUUGAACACGUUUGCGAAAUCACCUGUUACCUUUCUUCAAGGAGAAAAGCCUCAGGUUCUCCAAUCAAUCCACAUAAUUGGAUGGCAUGGUGGCUCAGUGGUUAGUACUGCUACCUUAUAGUGCCAGGGACCUGGGUUUGAUUCCAGCAUUGGGCGA